AUGGAGCAGUGUGAAAAUGUUGCGGAGCUGAUUGGGGCUACAGCUCCGAUUCGAGUGGAUAUACGACGGUUCAGCAAGGGAUCUCCUUUCGCGCUCUUUGACAUUAACAUGAAGCCGAAUUUGACUGGCCCCGGGCGUCCCGGGCGCGAAGAUCGAGCAAGUUUGACUGCUCUGGCAGCGGCAGCUCUUGGCUGGGACUAUGGGACUUUGCUGGAGAAUAUUCUACGGACGGCUCAGCCUUUCGAUGUCUUUCGCAGUUAUUGCAGUCCUUUAAAAUAG